AUGGCCCGGCUCACCAAUCUAGCUGGCAUCGCCACGCUUCUACUAUCAAAGAUAGUAACAGCGAACUACUCCCUCCUCAAAACCUACGACGCCUCCAAUUUCUUCUCCGAGUUCCAAAUUGUAAACAUCCCCGACCCCUCCAGCGGAUUCGUCGAGUACGUCGACGCCGCAACCGCAGAAUCAAAGUCCCUAGUAGGCAUCCGCAACGGCCAAGUCUAUCUCGGCGCCGACAGCAUAACAGACAACACCACCAACGGCCGCCCAUCCGUCCGCGUCGAAUCAACAGACUACUUCACCACCGGCCUCUUCAUCGCCGACAUCGCCCACAUGCCCGGCAACGCCUGCGGCGUCUGGCCCGCCUACUGGACCAGCGGCCCCGACUGGCCCAACAGCGGGGAGAUCGAUAUCAUCGAAGCUAUCAAUCUGCAGAAGACUCCUAUUAUCACUUUGCAUAGCGGGACGGGCUGCACGGUCGCCAAUACGGGGUCGGCGGCGGGAUCGGUCCUCACUAAUGCGAAUUGUAAUACUGGCUGCUCCCAGUCGACGACAGAUACCCAAGCCUAUGGUGAUGAAUUCAACGCUGUCAAGGGUGGCGCGUAUGCCACACAGUGGACAACGAAGGGGAUUGCGAUUUGGUUCUUUCCCCGCGCCAGCAUCCCGGCGGAUAUCACGGCGGGAACACCGGAUCCGACGACUUGGGGGAAGCCGUUGACGUACUUUGUGGACUCUGGUGGCUGCGACUUCGCCACGCACUUUAAGAGCAACCGCUUUAUAUUCAAUAUCAACUUUUGUGGCUGGGCUGGAAACGUGUGGUCAUCAUUCCCCGAGUGCAGUGCAAAGGCUGCCACUUGCAAGGAAUAUGUUGCCCAGAAUCCGUCGGCGUUUACGGAGGCAUAUUGGUUGAUCAACUCUCUCAAGGUUUAUCGUGAGGGAACCACCAAGCGCUUGUUCGUGGCAUAA